GAUAUAUAACUAGUUGCCAGAAACACCUUCGCAUCAAAAAAAUUUUUGAUCUGUUCAGGGUUCUUGUUCUUGAAAUUUUUGUUGGAAAACAAUGAUAUUGUCAUGGAGGAAGAAAAGGGCUGCAAGGCGUGCUGCAAAGAAGCAAAAUUUGGAGGUAACUUCCAACAUGGAGUUAACAAUUCCUAGCCAUUUCCGUUGUCCAAUAUCGUUAGAAUUGAUGAAGGAUCCAGUGACCUUAUCGACAGGUAUAACAUACGAUCGCGAUAGCAUUGAGAAGUGGAUUGAGGCUGGUAAUAGUAUCUGUCCUGUCACUAACCAAGUCUUGAGGAGUUUUGAGCCUGUACCUAAUCAUACGUUAAGGAUGAUGAUACAGGAUUGGUGUGUGGAGAAAAGGUCUUAUGGGAUUGAGAGGAUUCCAACUCCGAGAAUCCCGAUAAGCUCGUACGAGGUUUCAGAGAUUCUUUCAGGAAUUCAGACUGCAAAGGAUCAACAGGAUGCAGAAAGGUGCAGAGAAAUGGUGCUGAAGAUCAAGGAGUUGGCAAAGGACAGUGAGCGAAACAAGCGAUGCAUUUCGGCUAAUGGCACUGGUGGAGUCUUAGCUGCUGCAUUCAAGACAUUCUCAAAGGUGCCUUUUGAACAAAACGUUGCGCUUUUGGAGGAAAUUUUGUCAGCUUUGAUAACAAUAUCACCUCUUGAUGGAGAGGCAAAGUCUUAUCUUGGAUCUGAUUCUUCUUUACAUUGCAUGGUAUGGUUUUUGAAAAAUGGAAAUCUGUCAGGACGAAGAAAUUCUGUUUUGGCAUUGAUUGAGAUUGUUUCAUCUGAUCAGCAGAAGAUCGACGAGCUAUUAGAGAUUGGGGGAGCUAUUGAAGCUUUGGUUAAGCUGAUCAAAGAGCCUAUUAGUCCUAGUACUACAAAAGCUUCACUAUUGCUCAUGUACCAUAUAGUCUCAAAUCCACCAUCCUCUGCCAAUUCUAAAGUCAUUGCAAGGCUUACUGAAAUGGAAUUGGUCAAAAUUCUGUUAGAAAUGCUGGUGGAUUGUGAAAAGAGCAUAUGUGAGAAGGCAUUGGGAGUUUUGGAUGAGGUUUGCAGCUACGAUGAAGGGAUGGAAAAAGCCUAUGGCAAUGCUUUAACUGUGCCUGUUUUGGUGAAGAAACUAUUGCGAAUUUCAGAUUUGGCUACUCAGUUUUCAGUUUCGAUCCUCUGGAAGCUUUGUAAGAAUGACAAAUCUGAAGGAGGAGAUGUUCUUGUUGAAGCACUUCAAUUGGGUGCUUUCCAAAAGCUCUUGUUGCUCCUACAAGUUGGUUCUACAGACGGAACAAAAGAGAAGACAACUGAGCUAAUGAAGUUGAUGAAUGUGUAUAGGGAUAGAGCAGAAUGUACAGAUUCUUUAGACUUCAAGAAUCUGAAGAGGUCUUACUGAAUUUUGAGACUGGACUAGAUAGUGCUACAAUGCAUAUUUAUUUGGCAAUACUUUAAAUUUCAAUGUACAAAAGAUA